UAGUGUAUGCCCCUAGGGAGUGAAUGUUCGACCGCCAUGGAGUGCGGAGUAGGCGGUUCUUACCAAUAGGUUAUCUUUAAAGUAUUUAUUAUUCAAAUAAAUGUCGAUUCAUCAAAGUUAAUUGCAAAAGUUCUCGAUACCGCGACGAACGCAGUUACAACAUGCGACAAUGAAGAUGCUCAACGAAUUAUUCACAGUUUGCUUCGUAUUGCAAUAUUUGUACGGUGUUUGUACGACUCACUUGCUCAUAAAUGUCAAAAAUCAGGGUGGUGAUAUUCUUCUGGAGACAAUUUCAUCCAACGUCACAGAGGAUGUAAUCACUUUAGAAUUUCAAUGCUCCGAUGGCACUUUGGUGACACAGCUCAUCGACUUCAAAAAUGAAGUACAGAUUAUAAAAGCCUUGGUCCUUGGCGAGGAAGAACGCGGUCAAAAUCAGUAUCAGGUCUUGUGCUUCGUGAAUCACUUCUUCAAGGUGGAUUUCAUAUCCUCCGAUGCGAUGUCCAAAUUGAGACAAAAGAACCCAGGCACCAUUCGUGUAGCAGAGGAAGACAAGGGUCAUGUAAACUAUACCAUGGACCUGUUUUUGGACGUGGCAGAGUCUAAAGAUAUUUCUAAGCACAUUGCAACUCUUUGCGGAGAAGCAGCAGGAUCUGCUUAUACCAGGAAUGAGGACAUUAAACAAUGGAUUCAGAGGCCUGGUGGCGAAUAGGCGCGGAGCCCACGUACGUAAGUAAUUGCAAAUUUCAAUAAUUUAUCGCGGCGAGCGUGCAUUAAUUCCUCGCAUAAAAAAUUACCGCUGAGCUGUACCGAAGUCUAAUGAAUAAAGAAACCACACGAGGCGUUCUCGGUGUUACGAUCGAGCUAUGAAUCGAUCUAAAGGGCACGGAACAUCCGUCCAACGAUUCCUGUAAUUUCUUAUCUUCUUAGAUUGACGGAGACUCGACGUUGCGCAUGUAGGACUCGUUUUUCACACGGGCUAUCCGGCGAGGAUGUUUUGAAACGUAGGAAUUCAUUUCUCGUACGAAUCGUCGCUUCUAAUAAAACGCUUUUCAAUCGUUACAAGCAAAAGGAAACUACGGUAUUAGGCAAUUAAUAUUCUUUACGUCUGAUGAUAAUCUAAGCACAUGGUCGAAGCUGUUACGUAACGUAUGAAAAAUGAACAACGCUACUCGAUGAAUAUUUCUAUUCGUUAUUCGUACCACUUAACUUCAGCGUUGAAUAAUUACACAUUCGAGCAAUGAAGGUACAGUAACUAUGUUCAGAAAAAUAUUCACUUUUAUUAACGCUAGGUUUACCGAGAUUUCGUAUGAAAUUUCUAUUAAAGCAGUGCUUCGAUAAAUGAAGUCGAUUUGAUCGAAUUAAUUAGAAGGCUUAGACAAAAAUGAAUUUGGAUGCUUGUAUUUUUAUGCGGAUCGUAAUAUAAACAGUGAAAAUAGGAAUGGAUCAAAAUGACCUGUGUUAAACCUAACCUAGCAUUUAAAGCCCGUUUCGAGCGUGUGCAUUCGGAUCAUUAUUUGAGAGGCAUCAACAAAUGGCGUCGUAAAGUCGACGUUACCAGUCGCUUUAAAUUCAUCGUUCGGUCACGUGUUAUUAACUUGGCGGGUAAUUUUUUUUAAUCUCGCGAUUAAAUCGCGGUUUGGCAGUGCUAUUUUAAUAACGCGAGCGCGAAACGAACCUCCCUGCCCUCACGGAGAGAACAGAAACGCCCGAGCGACGGGAAAAGAAGAAGAGGAAGUGAAGGAGCGACUCUCGAAUCCUUCACCUGUGACCCGAGGAACUCGCGAUGUGUGACCGUCAGCGAUGAAUAAAUUGAAAACUCGCGGAAAUGCGCACCGAGCUCUGGUCUCGCUGAAGCUUGCUCAUUGCGAUAGUUUUCUUCAGACUGUUGUUUGCUACAAAGUAUUUUCAGUUUCUUGAUUAUAAAAAUAACUUUAUUAAAAGUGUCAUCGUCGUGGUUUCUGGUUGCAGGUAACGAUUUGUUGUCUUACUUCAAAGAUACCGUAGUAUCGAUAAUAAAUAUACCGAUGUUUAUUUCAGGGGUUGAUUCUAUUGAAGAGGCUUCAGGAUUUUGUUUUUUCUCAGCAACACAACACGUGUUUCUUCCUGUUUUCCUCCUUCCUGCAAAUUUAAAUGUAUGAUUCGUUAAUUGCUGGUGUUAAAACGUACAGACCAUUCGGUUUAAUUUUACCGACGGUCAUAUAACCGAGUUUCCUAGAAUCGUGCCUCUUAUCUAAGACGCUCGAAUAUUUCUCGAAUUCAAAUCUCGUUCGUGUAAUCAUGUUGCAUAAAGUUUUCAGCGCAACGCGCCGAGUUCCCAAGCAACUCGAGCGUUGCGAGCGAGCUUCGACCUACGAGCUGCGUUUGAUUAUCGUGUAUUAUCUUCUUCGCCAAUUGGUGCGCCAGCCCUCUCUAGACUUUUAUACUUAGAUGCCUUCUCAUUAAU